AUUGGCAGGUUGACUGCGUCACCCCCGAUCCCACUUCCGUUGAUUAUCCAGAUAAAAGAUAAACAAUUUUUUAGAAUCUAAUGUUUCUAGUGCAUGAAAAUCCAAACAUACGUUAAGAGGAAACUAGAGUGAAUAAAUGGGUCAUAUAUUUAGCAGCACAGGUGCCGCUAUUUGUGGUACAAUAGCCCUCGUUGAAGUAAUAUGCGUGGUGUCUUACAUCAUAAUAUCAAGUAUUAAACUAAGAAAAAAAAUAGUUUCAAUGGGACGUAUAAUUCCAAUUCACUUGGCAGUGUUUCAAGGUACAGUUGUACCAAGUCAUGUAGUACAAGUCUGUCCUUCAAAUCCAAAUCAAACACAACCACCUCCGUCAGGUUUCUAUUUACCUCAACAACCACCUCCACAGCCAGGUUUUUACCCACCUCAGGAUUGCCCACCACCAUAUGAACAAACGCCAAAUCCUAACUUAAUACUUACUAAAUAAAAUUUAUUUGCAAUGUUACAUAUACACAAUAAAUCGCAUAAAAUAUUCAAUUUGAA